CUCUGCUCUCUCAAAUUUUGUUUCUCUUUAGCUUUUAAACCCAUAUUCUCAUGGAACUUGAAUUACCCAUAUUAAUUUAAUUUCAAUUUUUUUUUGUGAUUUUCAUUCAAAUUAUGAUUUUUUGUUGAUAAUAUCAUAUGAGUUUAUCACAAUUUGGAGUAAUUGUUCUUUACCUGGUCAUAUAUCAAUUAUUAACCCUCAAGUACUUUGGCUUCAGUGUUUAAUUUGAGCUCUUGUUCAUAAUUUUUGAAUAGGUAUGAUGAGUAGAUAGUUGGUUAAUCAACCUUGUUUUUUUUCCUUUUUACUUCUCAAACCCAUAUGUUUUUUUUUCUUCUUCUUGAUUUGAGCAAUAAUACCCAGAAUCUAUUGUUCAAAUUGAUUGUCGAUGAAGACAAUGUGCUCGAAAUUCUCAACUGGGUAUCUCUGUUUUUGGCUUGCCUUUUGUUGUAUGUUUUGGGUUUUUCUUUUUUGCUUUUUGAUUGGUAGGGUUUAAAUUUGCUGGAUAUAUAUAUACAUAUAUAUAUAUAUAUAUAUAUGAAAUGGGUUUGUUUUGUUUCAUUGUGUUUGUCUUUGAUUUUGAUAUAAAUGGGAAAGGUAGCUCUUGGAAGAACCCAGUUCUGAACUUGGUUGAAAAUUUGAAACUGUUUUGGAUUUUUUAUAUAAAUUUGAAAGGGUAUUUUACAGGAAAAAUCUAAUUUGGGAUUUGAUUGAAAUGAAAAACUAGUUGAAUAAAGGAAUUAUUGCUCUUGCCUUUGAUUCUCAUUCCUUUCUUUGGCAGUGACUUUUAAGUGGGAAAGGUAAUUUUUUGCUAAAGUUGUUUAAUUUUUCAUCACAAGUAUUGACAAGACAGGAAUAUUUAAAUGGAUUUGUUUUAAUUCACUAUCUUUGCCACAGGGUUUGUUAUUUAUUUUGCUAGAAUUUUAUCGCUAAUGGUGUUUGUGUUGCAUGGUUUAGAUGGGGUUUGUUUGUUUUACUGUUCUCAUCUUAAAUUUUGAAUUCUUUGAAGGUUGAUUAAGAUGCCAAUGUUUAUGGUUAAACUCAUUACGAUUUUAAUCUGGGAUGUCUCAAUUUUUGUUAAAUAUGCAUCAAAAUGAAGAAUAUUUGGUUGAGGUAUGAGUUGUAUGUCAGAGAUAUUAGACCGGAAAACAAUGGUUCUUCCACUAUUAUUUUGUUGGUAAUGUUGUUUUCGUAAUAUUGUUCUUUGAGUAAAUCAUUCUUUGUUUAGUAAUAUCAUUUUCUUUGUGUAGUCCUUCACUAAUGUCAAUAAUCGGGAUGGUACAUGAUUUAUACCCACUUUAUGUCUUGUCCCUUUUCUUCUUCUUAUGGUUUCCAAUUUGCUUGAAAGCAACUGUUUUUGUUUUUAGUUUGGAAUUUUGAUUCCUAUAUAUAUAUUGUGAGUGUGUGGGGCUCAGGAUUGGGUGGGGGGGCUCUCCAUGUCUAGUGUUGAUUCAUUAGGAAAUUUUUUGGAUAUGAUUUUUUUCCCCUGGAAUCUUAUUUAAUGGUAUGAUGAGUUUCUGGACUCAAUCAUUUACUUAGAAAUGUUCUCAAAAUCAUAUUUCCUUUAUUUUGAUGAGUUAAAAAAAGGAUAUUUUUCUCUUUUUUCGGUUCUUCUCAAGAUAUGGAAAUUUGUUUUUUGAACCAAAUGCAAAUUAAAGGCUGGUAACCAUGGACAAAGGCAAAUUAUAUAAGGAUAACAUGACCUUAUUAUGCAAGAGGAAAAGUUUGUUAUUUACUUUUGAUGUUUCAUAAAUAGUUGGUGAGAGAAUCUAUUUAGCCUUGUUAUGUAAAAUAGUUGUGGAUGCCCAUGACAGAAUUGGAUCUGAGGUGUGUAAUUUUUAACCAUUAAUUUGCUUAAAUGCUCUAGUUAAUCCAGUUGAUUUAUGUGGUUGAAGGCUAAGAAGAUCCUAGCUUUCAUGGGGUCCCAUUUUAGAGAUUUUUAAGUUUGGAACUUAUAGCAAGAUCACUAAUAAUUCAUACUUUAUCAUCUUGUUAUUGAAUUGCCCCUUGUGAUCAGACUAGAGGGUUGAUUCAACAACUAAUGGCUAUCUUAGAAGGACAUUAUAGUGGGAUUCUGGGUUAGCUUGGGGGAAGUGCAAUCAUGGCCUUGCCUUUCUAAUGUAGAACACUGCAGGGAAGAGGAGAGAAUAAGAAGAAAAUGGCCAUAAUCCUAACACAACAGCCACAACCUUAAAACAAACAAUAUUAUAAAUCCAUACUGCAUAAUACAAUGUAUGAUGCUUGGGGCUUGGAAGCAGGGAUACUGACUGGAGGGUUGCUUGUUUUUGAAAUGUUUGGUUAAUUUGAAUAGAGUUCAAGGCAGCAGGGUUAUAGGUCUAUUUUGAAUGGAGUUACUUGUCUGGCUGCUGUGCUGGUAUUUGUUGAUGUUGCACUGGUUUCUGGUAUUUGCUGAGAUUAACCCAUUGGUUCCUCAAUCAUGUCUGGUUAAUUUGUCUUGCUGUUGUGCUGGUGUUUUUAGGAUGAUUGGAGGGUUGCUUGUUGUUUUGACAUGUUUGCUUAAUUUGAAUGGAAUUCUAGGCAGCAGGGUUAUACGUCUAUUUUGAAUGGAGUUAUUUGUCUGGCUGUUGUACUGGUAUUUGCUAACCCAUUGGUUCCUCAAUCAUAUCUAUCUUGCUGAUGUUACACUGGUAUGUGUUGAUAUUUUGUGUGAUGCUGAUGUUGUUGGCUCUUGCUUAGCAGUGGCUGCAACCUGAGGACUGGUGAUAGGUUCUCGUUUUCCUGCCCUGUUGCUCAGCUGGUUUUUCUUUGCCUUUGCUCUGUUUGCUCUUUUUGUUGGUCUCUCACCAACUGGGAGGUUGGAGCUUGAAAUAGCUCCAAGCUCCUCUUUAUUGAUGUAAUUCAUCGUAGUUUGUAUGUGUUUCAUCAAUAAAGUCUUCUUUUUGCCGAUCAAAAGAAAAAUAAAAAAUAAAAAAAAAUGCCAAAACCUAAUGCUUUUACAUUAUUACAUAGACUAAAAUUCCUAAUACAAAAUAGGAAACUACUCCCUAAAAAUAAGAAACUAAAUAUUGAUAAGAUAUUAAAUUAAGCUAUAAUUAAAAAUAAAAUAAGUAAAUUUUUGGAUUCUUGGACAAGGAUGUAGGUACAUGUACAGGAAUGAAUUCUUGGAUGGUCCUUUGAUAUGGGCAACAGUUACUAUGUAUUUACCCCAAGUUAUGAUCAGCUAGUGACUUGAAUUCAUUUUUAUCUUUGCAUAAUUUCAUGAUGAUGGAUCCCUCGUCAUUGUAUUCCAGUUCCAGGAAUUUUUCUAAUCAAUAUGGAAACAUGAGGCUAGACGUCGACGACAUGAGUUAUGAGGAACUUCUUGCUCCAGGGGAAAGGAUAGGAAAUGUCAACACUGGCUUGUCUGAAGAUGUGAUUUCGAAGUGUUUGAGAGAAACAAAGAUCUAUUCAAAUCGAAGCCAUGAAGAAGGAACCUUGCAUCUGUCUUACAAGAAAUGCAACAGGUUAAUUGUUCCAGUUAUUGCCGCGGGCUUAGGUGUCUUAACACAUACAUUGGACACCCUUGUCCUUGUGAUAGGAGCAAGUGGAUUUGCUACAACUGCAGCUGCAACUACUAUAGGAACUGUUGUCGGUGGUUUUAGAUGAUCUCUUAAUAGUUGUCGAUAUGUUUAGAAAGUUAGAUAUGCAUAGUUUUGGAUGGUUUAAACUUUUUGUACAGUUUAGAAUUUAAGAAUAUAGUUUUCGAAUGUUUGGAAUGUAUAGACAAUUGUUGAAUGUUUAUAAUAUAUAGAUAUAGUUUCUUUU